AUGUUAUACGCCUACCCAGAUCCCAACAGUUUUGUGAAUGGUGUUGCCACUGGUGUUGCUGCAGGUGUGGCCAAUAGUUUUGCUGUAGGCGUUGUCACUAUUAUUGCUGUAGGUGUGGCCACUACUGUUUUUCUAGGUGUAGCCAAUAGUGCUGCUGCAGGUGUGGCCACUAGCAUUGUUUCAGGUGUGGUCACUAGUGCUUCUGCAGGUGUUUCCAUUAGUGUUGGUGCAAGUGUGGCCACUAGUGUUGCUGCAUGUGUGGCCACUAGUGUUGCUGCAUGUGUGGCCACUAGUGUUGCUGCUGGUGUGGCCACUAGUGUUGCUGCAGGUGUGGCCACUAGUGUUGCUGCAGGUGUGGUCACUACUGCUUUUCUUGGCGUGGUCAUCAAUGUUUCUAUAGGCGUCGGCAUUAGUGUCGUUGUAGGCGUCGCCACUAGUGUUGCUGCAGGUGUGGCCACUAUUGUUGCUGCAGGUGUGUUCACUACUGCCUUUCUAUGCGUGGUCACCAAUGUUUCUGUAGGCGUCGUCAUUAGUGUUGCUGUAGGAGUGGCCAAUGGUGCUGCUGCAAGUGUGGCCACUAGUGUUGCUGCAGGUGUGGCCACUAGUGUUGCUGCAGGUGUGGCCACUAGUGUUGCUGCAGGUGUGGUCACUACUGCUUUUCUGGGCGUGGUCACCAAUGUUUCUGUAGGCGUCGUCAUUAGUGUUACUGUAGGUGUGGCCAACAGUGUUGCUGUUGGUGUGGCCAAAGGUGUUGCUGCAGGUGUGGCCAAAGGUGUUGCUGCAGGUGCGGCCACUAGUGUUGCUGCAGGUGUGGUCACUACUGCUUUUCUAGGCGUGGUCACCAAUGUUUCUGUAGGCGUCGUCAUUAGUGUUGUUGUAGGCGUCGCCAAUAGUGUUGCUGUAGGUGUGGUCACAGGUGUUGCUGCGGGUAUGACCACUAGUUUUGCUGCAGGUGUGGCCACUAGUGUUACUGCAGGUGUGGCCACUGGCACUUUAGUCUGA